CAAAGAACGAACGAGAGGCUGCUCUCAUGGACUUUGAUCUCGACCUCGACGCUUUAUGGCCGUUGGAUCCGAAUCACUUCCUCUCGAACCCCACAUCGCCGCUUUUGUUGCCGUCCAAUGACCAGCCCUGUACCCCUUUGUGGGCUUUUCCCGACGGCGAUGUCGAUGGUGACGAUAAGCUCACCGGGCGUGUUGGUCAAGAUCUCUCUGACCCUUCUCAAUUCGUUUCCUGUAAUUCUAAUUCCGCAACACAAGGGUCAACAGAGAACAAGGAUAACAGACUGCUUCCAUCGCUAUUUUCGGGACUGGAACCGGUUGAAAGUUCAGAUGGUUAUAGUUUAUUUAAAGAGAAGAUCACUCAAGCACUUAGGUACCUCAAGGAAUUGACUGACCAACAUGUUCUAGCUCAGGUUUGGGUACCAGUAAAGGACGGGAAUCGGUAUGUACUCACAACUUCAGGGCAGCCGUUUGUCCUUGAUCAACAUAAUAUUGGACUUCAUCAGUAUAGGAUGGCCUCUCUGAUGUAUAUGUUUUCUGUGGGUGGGGAGAGUGAUGGAAUGCUUGGGCUUCCUGGCCGCGUUUUCCAGCAUAAAUUGCCCGAAUGGACUCCAAAUGUUCAGUACUACUCCAUUAAAGAGUAUCCACGGCUUGGUCAUGCUCAGCAUUACAAUGUUCAGGGAACCUUAGCUUUGCCCGUGUUUGAGCCCUCUGGACGGUCUUGUGCUGGUGUACUUGAGCUCAUAAUGACUUCUCCUAUUAUCAACUGUGGUCCCGAGGUUGAUAAAGUUUGCAAAGCACUUGAGGAAACUGAUUUUGGAUACCUUUUUCCACCUCUUGCACACCCCAGCCAUUGGUUUGAACAAAGCGAAGGAGAAUCAACGGCCAGAACCAAGAGGGGGUGUGCAAAAGGCGGUAAGCUUGAAAAGUUCAGAGAUACUGGAUCAUCCAAGCAGAUUCAAAUAUGCAAUGAAGGUCGCCAAACUGCGUUGGCUGAAAUCUUGAAGAUACUGACAGUGGUAUGCGAAACUUACAAAUUACCACUUGCUCAGACGUGGGUUCCCUGUAUGCAUCGAAGUGUUUUGGCUUAUGGCGGGGGCCUGAAGAAGAGCUGUACUAGCUUUGAUGGAAGUUGCAUGGAACAGGUCUCCAUGUCCACAACUGAUGUUGCAUUCUACAUUAUAGAUGCUCAUAUGUGGCGUUUUCGAGAUGCCUGCGUUGAACAUCACUUACAAAAGGGUCAAGGGGUUGCUGGGAGGGCAUUUUCAUCCCGUAACGCAUGCUUCUGUGGAGACAUUACCCAAUUCUGCAAAACUGAGUACCCUUUAGUACACUAUGCCCGCAUGUUUGGUUUAGCCAGCUCUUUUGCUAUCUGCUUACAGAGCACUCAUACUGGAAAUGAUGAUUAUAUUCUAGAAUUUUUUCUGCCGCCAAGUAUCACGGACAGUCAUGAACAACAAACUUUGUUGGGCUCCAUAUUGGCGAUAAUGAAGAAUGAUUUCCGGAGUCUCAGUGUUGCUUCUGGAAUUGUACUUGAAGAGGAGGGAAUAGUUGAAAUUGUUCAAGUUUCUACAAAUAACGGGCUUGCCACAAGACUUGAAUGUAUACUGAUACCCCAUUCUGUGGAAUCACCACCAGGGCCUGCCUUACCUAACAGAGAAGAGAUGGUACAACUAGAUUCAUCGAAACAGCAGUUAAAGGAAGUAUAUGAUGUUGUAAAUGAUGGGAGAAAUCCUGUUCAUGAAGGUGGAGAAAACAAUAUUUCUCUCCCAGAGAAUAAAGACAUAAAAAAGAGACCGGAGAAGAAGCGUGGAAAAGCAGAGAAAUCAAUUAGUCUACAGGUUCUCCAACAAUAUUUUGCAGGGAGUCUUAAAGAUGCUGCAAAGAGUCUCGGAGUUUGCCCCACUACAAUGAAACGCAUCUGCAGGCAUCAUGGAAUCUCCCGCUGGCCAUCUCGCAAGAUCAAGAAGGUCAACCGUUCUCUCACUAAGCUACAGCGUGUAAUUGAUUCAGUUCAAGGUGCUGAAGGAGCAUUUGGUUUAACUCCUCUUACUGCAAGUCCACGUCCGGUUGCUGCUGGCUCCAUUUCUCAGCCUUGUAAUUUAAAUGGUUCUAAUAAACAAGGUUCACCAAGCUCUAAACCUUGUGAAGUUUCUGGAGAAAAGAAAGACUCAACCACCUCUACUUCACCAGGAACAGAGGGGCAGGCUGGGAUUGACAAUCAUUUGUUAGAUGGGUGGAUACUGAGUCACGAGGAACUUGCUCCAGAACAUAACACGUUUCUGCGAGACAGGGGUAAAGGCUCAAACACAUCCAACACAGGAAGCAGCUCAAGGGAGGCAAGUGCUGGUACCCCUACUUCUCAUGGUUCAUGCCAAGGUAGUCCUGGAAAUGGAAUUGCAGUGGUAAACGAUCCCUUUGUUCCUUUCAUCCAUGAACAAUGUAUUGAAGUAAAUGGCUCCCCUCAAUCAGCAGUUCGAACAACAGAGGAAUCAAAUUUAUUAGUUGCAUGCUCAAUACCCGAUGCUCUCCUGAUGGCAGAACCUGAGGAACCGUGUAGAGGAAUGCUAUUAGGGGAUGCUGGAAGUUCAAAAGAUUUGAGAAAUCUCUGUCCUUUGGCAGACACAAUAAUGGACGAGCAAGUUCGAGAAGCUUGUAACACAAACCCUCCAUUUUUGGAUUCAGCUCCCAAGCAAUCCAACACAAUGCCAGAUAUCAUGGGCAGGCAAGAAAUGAAGAGUGUAAUCAUAAAGGCGACAUAUAAAGAAGACAUUAUUAGGUUUCGUGUGUCGAUGAGUUCAGGUAUUGUGGAGCUGAAAGAGGCAGUGGCAAAGAGAUUAAAACUGGAAGUGGGCACAUUCGACAUCAAAUAUGUGGAUGACGACCUUGAACGGGUUCUGGUAGCCUGUGAUGCAGAUCUGCAGGAGUGUAUGGAAGUUUGUAGAACAUCAGGCAGCAACAUGAUCAGACUCUCGGUUCAUGACAUAAUGUCCCAUCUCGGGAGCUCUUGCUGGAACGCGUAAGGAUGACGAUUAAAUUGUAAAAUAUGGUUAGUUUUCAGGUGAAGGGAUAAGUUUUGUACCCUCUCUUUUGUUCUUGCCAAGGUGUGUAGGUAUAGAUUCUUCGAGGUUUGCUUCA